AUGAGCAAGGCACAAAAAUCGAUAGUUACAGGAAACUCAAGAAACUCAAACACCUCCUCACCACCACAUAAAGAAAUCAAGAUGGACGAAUUUAAAAGGAAAAUAAUGGAGAGAAGCGAGACUACAACAGGCGAGUACAUAUGUCAGCUUGUGGAUUUAAUAGGGGAUAUUCCAAAGCAGAUAUAUAGUGCCAUGAAGAGGGAGGUAAAGGAAAAUCUUGAAAAGACGGCACAAACCGGCCUCACCCUUCUAGUCGAGCUGAGUAAAGAGAUCACAAAGGACGUGCACAUUAUGGAAGAAUUGAAAGGGAGAGUGAGAUUGGGAAAACAGACGGAGGAAAUGCAGACAAUAAUGAAAGAAGAAAUAAACAGUAUAACAAGAAAAAUGGAACAGCAACAACAAGAACUAAUAAAACAUAGAGAAGAAAAGAGAAGAAACAGGGAAGAUGAGGAAUCAGUAACAACAAAAUUCUUGAGAAUGAUCGAUUAUAAAUUAGAAAACAUAAAGAGUAGAGAGGAGGCCCUAUACGACAGAUUCUCAGACAGAACCCUGAAAGAUAACGAAAUGUCAACAGCGAUCAUUACCAGGAAGCUGGACACAAUGGAAGAGAAUCUAACAGCGGAAACAAUUGAGCUGGAACGAAAGAUAGUGGAAAGGCUGGGAAGAAAAACGGAUACGGAAGAGAAGAGCAUGGGAAGCGAAAUGAACUCUGAUCUGGGUAAUCAGAUAAGGGAAACAGGAAGAGAGAUGACUUUGGAAAUCACGAAGACCAUCGACACGGUACUAACAGAAUGUAUGCAGGACAAACAAAACACCAUUGCGUAUGGAGGAACCGCACCCGAAAACAACACAGCAAUCAUCAUCAACAAAUUGGGAAAUAUGGAAACAAACAUUAAAGAAGAAAUAACAGACACAAGGAAGAAAAUAUCAACAGACAUAAAGGAAAACACAGAAAAAAUAUCAAAGGAAAUAGAAAAAUCAAUGGAACGGGAAACCACAAUGCAAAUGGGUAUAAAAGCUUUAACUCAUACGCGGAGGUAA